AUGGCGCUAUACGGGACUUCUGACACCUUGAUGUGUAGGGCGUUCCCAACGACCCUAAGGGGACCGGUCCGCGCAUGGUACAGUGGCCUGAAGACCGGGACCAUCUCUUCCUUCGACCAGCUCGCCAGAGACUUCGAGCUCAACUUCCGGGCCUAUGCCCGUCCAAAGCCGUCCAUGGCGUUGCUCCUCGGACUCCACCAAAGGGAGGACAAGCCCCUCUCCCACUUCGUAAAUCAUUUUACGACGCAGAUCCGAGGACUCUCAGAUGCUCACCCUUCUCUAUUGAUGCAGGCGUUCAUGAUAGGCCUGUGGCCCUCCAAGUUCUUCUGCUCUGCCAGGUGA